GCGCGCGCGCGGAGGGAGAGGGAGGAGCCAGGCCUGGGAAUGAGGGGGUGGAGGUAGUGCAGGUCCCCCGGGCUCAGGAGAACUGCCUUGCGCAGGGAAUCUCCAUGUUCUCCUCUCCCUGGUCCUCCUUGACACCCCUGCUUGUAUUGACUUGUACGAAAAAGGGAGUGUUUAGGGGGAGGGGGAAACUAGAAGGGAAAUGCGUGUGCUCGGUUCCUCCACUCCUUCCCCCAUCCCAGACCCGGGCACGCGCCUAAGUGCAAAAGCUUGCAAAGCCUCGGGGCUGUGGAGGGAGAAUCCUUGCAAGCAUUCUCCCGAGCCAGGUGUGCUUGCACAAACGUGUGUGCACCUCUGAUUUUAUGCGCAUGCAGACAUGCAUGUGCACUAUUGCAUAUUUGCAAAUGCGUGGUGCCUGCCAAGAUAAAUGCACGCACAGAUGUGUGUCUAAGCAAGCGCGCGCGCCGAGAUGCGAGUGUGUGUAUGUGCGUGCUCCACUCCCAGCUCUGCUCAUCUUGGUGCCCGGCCCCCUUCGCUCUCCAAGCCCCACCCCCACCCCUCCGGGCUUCGCUUUUACAAAAGGUCUCCCCAGUGCUAGCCGCCGAGGCGCCCAGAGACAGCCGGACCGCGGCUGGAGCGGCAGCCCCGGCUCUGCGCCCCGCCCAGUCCCUUUCCCCUGCUGGGGAUACCCCUCUUCCCCGCCCACCCCUUACCCCCCAUGCAGCCCGGCGCCCUAUGCUAGCCCUCCCCCUCCCCCCCUCCAGGAGCGGGGCGCCGCCGGGGGAGGAGGGGGAAUCGGCUGCGGGUCCUCGGUGUUCUAGCACCCAGCUUCCCUCCAAGCCGGGUCGCGAUGUACGACUGCAUGGAAACGUUUGCCCCGGGUCCACGACGGCUGUACGGGGCGGCGGGACCCGGGGCCGGCUUGCUGCGCAGAGCCACCGGCAGCUCCUGUUUCGCCGGACUCGAGUCUUUUGCCUGGCCGCAACCAGCCAGUCUGCAAUCGGUGGAGACACAGAGCACUAGCUCCGAGGAGAUGGUGCCCAGCUCGCCCUCCCCUCCUCCACCUCCUCGGGUCUACAAGCCGUGCUUCGUGUGCAAUGACAAGUCCUCUGGCUACCACUAUGGGGUCAGCUCUUGUGAAGGCUGCAAGGGCUUCUUCCGCCGUAGCAUCCAGAAGAACAUGGUGUACACAUGUCACCGCGACAAAAACUGUAUCAUCAACAAGGUGACCCGGAAUCGUUGCCAGUACUGCCGGCUACAGAAGUGCUUUGAAGUUGGCAUGUCCAAGGAAGCUGUGCGGAAUGAUCGGAACAAGAAAAAGAAAGAGGUGAAGGAAGAAGGGUCACUUGAUAGCUAUGAGCUGAGCCCCCAGUUAGAAGAGCUCAUCACCAAGGUCAGCAAAGCCCAUCAGGAGACCUUCCCCUCGCUCUGCCAGCUGGGCAAAUACACCACGAACUCCAGUGCGGACCACCGGGUGCAGCUGGAUCUGGGGCUCUGGGACAAGUUCAGCGAGCUGGCCACCAAGUGCAUCAUCAAGAUUGUGGAGUUUGCCAAGCGGCUGCCUGGAUUUACAGGGCUCAGCAUUGCUGACCAGAUCACUCUGCUCAAGGCUGCCUGCCUGGACAUCCUGAUGCUGCGGAUCUGCACAAGGUACACCCCAGAGCAGGACACCAUGACCUUCUCCGACGGGCUGACCCUGAACCGGACCCAGAUGCACAACGCCGGCUUUGGGCCCCUCACAGACCUCGUCUUUGCCUUUGCUGGGCAGCUCCUGCCACUGGAGAUGGAUGACACGGAGACAGGGCUGCUCAGUGCCAUCUGCCUCAUCUGUGGAGACCGCAUGGACCUGGAGGAACCUGAAAAAGUGGACAAGCUACAGGAACCGCUGCUGGAAGCCCUGAGGCUCUAUGCCCGGCGGCGGCGGCCCAGCCAACCCUACAUGUUCCCGAGGAUGCUCAUGAAGAUCACCGACCUCCGGGGCAUCAGCACCAAGGGAGCAGAAAGGGCCAUUACCCUAAAGAUGGAGAUUCCGGGCCCGAUGCCUCCCCUGAUCCGAGAGAUGCUGGAGAACCCCGAAAUGUUUGAGGACGACUCCUCGCAGCCUGGCCCCCACCCCAAGGCCUCCAGCGAGGACGAAGUUCCAGGGGGCCAAGGCAAAGGGGGCCGUAGCCCCCACCCUGACCAAGGCCCCUGACUUCCCCUGCUGUGGGGGUUGGGGUUCCAGGCAGCAGACUGACCAUCUCUCAGACACCACCAGU